AUGGCUUCCUACACUGGGCCCUGGAAAGAAACCCAUGGGGACUUUUUGCUAGUAGUAUGUGGUUCGACGCGUUAUGCACCUUUCUUGGCAGGAUGGCAAGAAUUCAAAGACCAUCUUCGAAAAGUGGUCAAGGAGCAACCAGGAUGGGCGAAUGUGUUCUCGAAUCCUAGUCAGCGAAGGGGAGAAAUGCAAGGAUGGUGUCGAUUACGAGACCAAGAGGACGCAGAUGCAGCGUAUAAGGUCUUCUAUAGGUCAAAAGGCAUGCUAGUACACGUGUGGGAGACUUGCCGCAGCACGGACGGGUAUCGGUUGAUGAGAUGCAACUGUUCUGCGCACUUCCCGGAAGUCCCUGAAGGUGAUCACUCGGUCGGGCGAUGCGGGAUCGACAUUGGGAGGGUGAACCAGCUUGGUGGGAAGACACGGGCAAUGUCCACAACGGCCUAUAUGCCACCCCCAACCUAUCAUCCAUACGCGAUGUACCCGACCACCCAAGCCUACCCAUCUAUAUCGCCUUAUGCAGUCCAGGCGCCACAGGCCCCUGUCUACUCAACAAGCACCAAUGGAAUGCCAGUCAAUGUCCGCGGCGGAGCUGUAUUGACAGAAGCCCGUGGCAUCUUCAUUCGCAAUCUGAGUUACAAGGCGACGUCGGAUGACCUCAACAAGCUGCUGUAUACUGUGGGUAUCCCAGUCGAUUCUCAGCUCCUACGAGACCCAAGGACGGGAGUGUUCAAGGGAUUGGCAACUGCCAGGUUCGGGUCCAAGGAGGAAGCACAGUAUGCGGCCUCGUAUCUGAACGGUAGAGAGCACAUGGGCAUGACCAUCCACGUUCGCAUGGACACUGACACCACAAUUGUGGGGAGAGCUGAGCCCAUGGUUGUAAAUGGGUCCUACACGGUUAGUGGACUGGAGCAUCACAGGGAUAUUGUCUCUGACAUAGUGCAGUUCUAG